GCAGUGCAGUGCGAUUAUUUCUUGACUUGAGCCUUGUUUGUGCUUGUGCUGUUUCAUCGUCUUUGUUUUUCGUUAUCAUGGCAUUGAGGUGUGCCCUUUACCGGCGGCCUCUAUCAGGCAGAGUUCGAGGAUUCUGUUCUCCAGCGGAAAAGCGCACGGCACUCUACGACUUCCACGCGAGCAAUGGCGGCAAGUUUGUUGACUUUGCUGGCUGGCAAAUGCCGGCUCUGUACGGCUCCUUCACACCGCUUCAGUCCGUGACCCAUACCCGUCAGCAUGCUUCACUGUUUGAUGUGUCGCACAUGCUCCAGUGGGAGCUGAGGGGGCGUGAUUCAGCCCAGUGCUUGGAGUCGCUUUGUACAACUGACGUCCAGGGUCUGGCGAACGAACGCGGAACCCUGUCAGUUCUCACCAAUGAGCAGGGUGGUAUUAUCGACGAUUUUAUCAUCAACCGAAUCUCCGACGACUGUAUCUAUGUUGUAUCCAAUGCUGGCAAUGCGGACAAAGUCAUUGCUCACGUCAAGCCGGUGUUUGAUGAUUUUGCUAAAUCCGGCAAAGAUGUUUCGUUCUCCCUGAAAGACGGAUUCGCUUUGGUCGCUCUUCAAGGGCCGCAGAGUGCUGCCAUCCUUGAAGAAGCCGGUGCAUUCAAUCUGAGCAACGUUUCGUUCAUGGGCGGUUUCGAUGCAACGCUCUUUGGUGUGAAUGGCUGCAGAGUGACUCGAUGUGGCUAUACUGGAGAAGAUGGCUUUGAGAUAUCAGUGCCCAGUCAACAUGUUGUUGCGCUGAGCGAGCGUCUUCUUGCUGCAUCCGGGGGUGAUGCUGUCAAACUGGCUGGACUGGCCGCAAGGGACACACUUCGCCUUGAAGCUGGCCUUUGCCUUCACGGCUCUGAUAUCGAUGACUCGACCUCUCCCGUUGAGGCUGGCCUUGCCUUUGUUAUUGGAAAGAAAAGAAGAGAGAGCUGGAGUUUCCCUGGUGGGCCGAUCAUCAGGGAUCAGCUGAAGAACAAGCCAAGCAGACAGCGGGUUGGCUUCAUGUCAACCGGGCCUGUCGCUAGAGCUGGAUCUGACAUUCUUGAUGACAGCGGCUCGAAAAUCGGUCAUGUGACCAGUGGUGCUCCAUCGCCCUCACUGGGUAAGAACAUCGCCAUGGGCUAUGUGGCCAGCACACAUGCAGCAGCAGGCACAGCAGUCAAGCUACAGGUGAGACAGCGUCUUGUCGACAGCGCCGUCACCAAGAUGCCUUUCGUGCCGGCACGCUACUACAUUGCCAAGAAGUAGAUGUAAGACACUAGACCUUGCUCUGCUUCUGCUUCCGCCGCUGUUUUCGUACAAAGAAACCUCAUCGCACACUUGAUAGAAUAUGCUCCCAACAUUAUUCUAGGCCUACAAAUAGUGCUGUUUUGAUCACUGAACUCAUUGCACAGUGUGUUAGUUCAAUGUUGAGUAGUUUCAUGCUUGUAGCUUGAACAGUAUAUGUUUCCUGUAUGGUGUGCACCUGCUCCUCUCACUCACACACACACACGCACACACACGCGCGCGCACGCACACACACACACACACGCACACACACAUACGCUGGCCGACAUGUACAUACAUGGAUACUCAUGUUCUCCUUUUCCAAGCUGCCUGCUAUAAUUAUAUCUUUCUCUUAUCUGCAGUGUUGACUCCACUCGCUUCACUCUCCAAUCCGACUUACUUUGACUAAUGCGGAUGGCAGUUUCAGACCGCCGCUGAAUUGAUUUACUGGCAUAUUAUCACAUAAAGUAGGAGCGGCAAUGUCGGUUCUUUCUUUGACCGGUGGUUUCACAAUCAUCAAACGAUACGGCUGUGGUGGUAAUCCUAGUCGAGGCUGCGCUGCUCCCUUCUCAUGAAACUUGUCAUCUUUUUUCUUCUUCAAAUUUUGCAUGCAAAUAAUGGACGUGCUCAUUCAACAGACGGAUAAGAGAUAACAGUAGACCUGACGAUAGUACCUAUGAGUAGUGUUAAGAUUUUAAGUUGUCCCUGUGCACAUCGUACAUGCUCUAUAGGUAAUUGGACAAAGAGUGAGAGAACCGCUGA